AUGAUGGACAUUCCUAGAUGGCUUUCGUUUUCUUUGAUUAAUUCAGGGUUGUGUAUUUUAGGUGGGUUAUGUGUUCCUCUUCUUUCAAUGACCUUGAGGACAAAACAGAAUACUAAUACAAAAUUGGUUAAUUAUGGGUUGUCUCUGAGUGCAGGUUCCAUGAUUACAACUGCUCUUUACAAGAUGCUACCGCAUAUGGACGAUAAAAAUAGUGUUGAAGUUUUCGUUGGCCUCCUCUUUGGGAUUCUUACUAGUUUAUCUAUUAACUAUAUAGUUCAUGCAUUCGCUAGUGAAUCUUUAUUACAUUGUGCUCAUUCUCAUGAUACAGAACAUCAUGAUGACCACAGUGACCAUGAGCAUACAGAGGUAUCUUAUACUGGCAAUGAUAAUGAUCAAAGUUCUGACUCAUUGGUAAACGAUGAGGUUAGACCGCUUCUUUCGAAAAGGAAUACUCAGAAGUCUACCUUAAUAGAUCUGAUCACCAAUACAGAGUCUUCGAAUAUGGGUAGUUGUGAUUUGGGGUCCUGUGUGCCCAUGGCAAAGAGCAAGAGCUUCUCCUGUGUCCCCGAGCCUGUUCAAUCAUCUGCUAUCACUAGAUCUGGUUCAUGCUGUUCGAGGCCUACCACUGAGAAUGCCACUACUAAUUCUACUAUAGGAAAAGGCCAUGGUCAUGGUGUAUCUUGUUUAGAAAAUGAUGUCGGUUAUGAUUUGGAAAACCUAUCUAUUUAUCGUGAACAUUUCCUGUCUGGACGUAAAUCAAAUGCCGAUUUAGAACAACAUCCUCAUAUACACAAUGACACAAUUCAUAAUUCCGCAAGUUAUCAUUCCGAUCAUCAGUUUAACGACCAUGUCAGUCGUGAUCAUCAUCAUCAUCUAGAAACACCAUUUUCAAAACUAUUAUCCAUCGGUUUACAGACGGUCUUGGUAUUGACGUUGCACAAGUUCCCAGAAGGUUUCAUCAUAUAUUACACCAACAGAGGAGAUAAAAGCUCGUCACUAGGUCUUUCAAUUUUUAUAAGUUUAGCUAUUCACAAUUUUGUUGAAGGGUUCGCAAUGACUUUGCCAUUCUAUGCAGCUUUACAAUCUAAAACCAUUCCGAUUUUAAUAACAACCGUAUUAGGUGGGGGGUCCCAACCAUUAGGUGCUCUGAUAGGGUAUUGGAUCUUCAGAAACAAGGAUAAAGAUAGCAAUGACCCUGAAUCAGAUUUGAGAAUGCAAUUUUUCUUAAGUUUAACAGCUGGUUUCCUACUGGUAAUCGGAUUACAAAUGUUUCAAACAGGUAUUGGUUUCAGUGAUGGUCAUCACCAUCAUGAUGGUGAACAAGAUGAAGAAGUCAAAGAAAACCAUAGUUUAGGUACCACCUGUCUGAAGUGGUGUUGCAUUGGUGUGGUAUUAAUUUUGGCAAGUGGUUUAUUUGUCUAA